CGUUAGUGAACAAGCUGAUAUCGAGACGCGUCAGUUCACAGAGGACCUCCGUUCCGUCGGAUGUGAGGAAACUUUUUUGUCCGUAAAUUUGUCAAGUUCUCGCAUCGAGACUUUGUAAUUUCGUGGUUUCCCGAAGGAAUGAUUUUGUAAUCAUGAAAAGUGUAAGACUGUGCGAGGUUGGCUAACAUCGAUAAAAGCGAGAACGAGCCGACUACGAUCUCGACGAGGAUGGCGAGCACGAAUAAUUGCCGUUUGUGAGUGUCGGCGCCGAGAGAGAGGAUCGCGGAAGGCCACGUUCGUGUUGGUACGAGAGAAGAGCAGCGAUGACGGUGAAGCUUCGAACGAGAUCCGCCCAGCCGGCUUCAAGUGUUCAGCUUCGUCCCUCGGGAUCGACCAGCCUGUAAAAGAGUUGGAUGAUCGUUGUUCGACGAAGAGGAUCAAAAAGAAAGGGAGGGUCGUAGUACUGCCUUUUCGUAGCGGAGUAGAAAACGCAAAGAGAUAUUUUGGUAAAUAGUAUCUAAGGUAAUUGGUGGAACGGUAUCACGGCGCGAGACUCGACUAGUCGCUAUCGGCGAUAAAACCACGUUAAAUGGUCGCAUUUGGCGCACAAUUUCCGCUUUUCUCGCGCGUGCCGUGUACCGUGUUCGUUGUUUGCUCGAGAAAAUCGUCGGCGAUUUCCGAGUAAGAAGCUGGAGAAUCGCGAACGUUCUCCGGUCGAAUUUAACCACGAUUAAGCGACUCGUGGUGAAAGUGAAGUGUCUCGGUCUUGGUGACAUGGCCUUCAUGAUGAAGAAGAAGAAGUACAAAUUCUCGGUGGAGGUGAACCUGGAGGAGCUGACCGCGGUGCCAUUCGUGAACGCAGUGCUGUUCGCUAAGCUCAGACUUCUCGACGGUGGAUCUUUCGUCGAUCAUUCGACUAGGGAGGAAGUACAGGAGCAUACCGUCAGAUGGGACGCCAAGUUCGAGUUUCUAUGCAAGAUGAGUGCCAAUGCGUCCACCGGUGUUCUCGAUCCGUGUAUUUUAAGGAUAUCCGUGAGAAAGGAAUUGAAGGGAGGCAGGUCCUUCCAGAAGCUUGGCUUCACCGACCUGAACCUCGCCGAAUUCGCAGGAGCUGGACUCUGCAAGACGAGGUAUCUUCUGGAAGGCUACGACUCGAGACACAGACAGGACAAUUCCAUGUUACGCGUUGCCAUCAAGAUGAACAUGCUGUCGGGAGAUAUUCUGUUUAAAGUGCCGUCUCCGUCGUUGAAGCAAACGCAGCUCGCAGUACCUGGCGUACCAGGUGUUUCCGGUGUGACGACGGACGAAACUGCAUCCGAGAGGUGUACCAAUCGAGAAGAUUACGUAUCCACUGGUUCGUUAGCUGGAAGUAUAGCUAGUGCUAGCAGCGGUUUUGGUAGUCUUCCGAAAAAGAGGCCUGCCCUCUUUUCCUCGGAGCUUCUCAGUGGGGCGGAGUCCUACGAUCCGAUGACCCUAAGCGAGAUCGUACCGUCGGCUCUUCCAGUGGAGACUCUAACCGAAGCGCACACAGAGUCGGGACAUUCUCGCAAUAGCAGCAACACCAGCCAGCUAAGCAAAGGCUCCGGCUAUGGAUCUUUAAAUUCACACAGUCAACACAGUAGGCAGAGCAGUAGUGGUGACAGUGGCCACAUUAGGUCACCCUCCUGGCCGGUAUGGGCUCCACGUAUCCCCAAUGUCUCCCAAAAGUCCUCGAGCCAGCAGCCUGCCAGACCCGAGACCUCUCUCGACUCCGAAUCCCCAUCCUCGUCUUCCUCGACGCUGCUGGACCCACGAAAUAGGUUCUGGUCUAUGUCCAGCCCUCUAUCGUCACGCGAGGGAAAAUCGAUCGCGCGGAAUCAACUGAGAUCGAGUAUAGCAGCCGUUCCUCCAUCGAACGACCAAAGCGAAACGAAUCGAUCGAAGAACGGCGUGGUUUCGAGCGACAACAGUCGCGUCAACGAAAACGCCAGUAACGACGCUGGCGUGUUCAAGGUGCCCGGACCACAGGACGUUCCGCGACACUUGCGAAAAAACGUCGAGAGGAAUAGCUUCGACGCGCGAAACGAACGUAACGCGACGAAUUCGGCGACGAACGAUCGGAACGAACAAUGGAACAGCGUGAUCGUGCCGACCGCAAAACCGAGAAUCGGUCAGCCAGGUUGGAGAAGUAUCUCGAAAACCUGCGACUGCAUCGAGAAAGGCAAGAUCAGCCCGGUUUUGCGGCUAGUUGACCAGGCCAGAGCCGUAUCCUCUCCCGAUCCCCUUCAUAGGCCCGAUAACCCCAGAGCCUCGCUACGUUCCGCGACGACCGCUCAGACCCUCAGGGGUAUUGGCGGAAGUCACCGGAAGUUGCUGGACGGGGCGGGGGGCAAGCUGGCUACGGUCGCCACCAGCCCAGCGGACUCCGAAGAGUCCUCCUUAGGGGUACCGGAAGUCGCUCCACCGAGCUCCCAGCACCGAAACAGCAUAACCCCACCAAAUCCCUCCGGCGGUUCCGGCCUCAGCGAAACGGGAUCUUUGGACCGAGCAAAGGCGGCGUUGGAGCGUAGGAAAAAAGCGGAAGAUGGCGCGGGAAAUCCGAUCCUGUGCAGGGUGGAAGUGACCAGGCCAAACCCGGAUUCGCUGAUCGACGAACUGAUCAAAGCAACGAACUUGGAGCAGACGGAUCUCGAGAGCUCCGAGACAACUGGACUUCAGCUAUUCAUAGCGAAAGACGGGACUACCGCGCUCGGUAGCCACGAGAUCAAAAGUCAGAUGCCCGCGGGUGUGUUCAAGCAGGUGGUGAUGGAAGAGAAUAAUAGGUAACACGAAGCUAUGGCGGCGAGAAGACAGUACGCGAGACAGGCCAGCGCCACGUUUUCGCUGGCCCUGGUGCCAGAGCUCGUCUACGAGGCCUACGAGCCCCGGUAGUUGCGAGGACAACGAAGCUGGACGAGGGAAUCGUCGAGAGGACGGUGAACGCGGCGACGAUGCGGACUAACGCCGUGGUGCACCUCCGUCUCCUAUCCAAAUUAUUCGUUUCGGUUGCCUAUCCGCCCUAUCGGCGUUCGGCGCUUUACGCUUCUCGUACGUCGUACCGGUAACCCGAUCGAUCGUCCUUUGCGCUCAAACGUCGCUAAAUUUUUCUUUUUAUAUAUACGUCGAAUCGUAGAUCUAUGCGACUAAUUUCGCGGUCCGUGGUAAUUAGACGCGACGAAACGCUUCGAGUCGUACAGGACGCUUCGUCGUUGAAAACCGGCACGGGUGCACACACGCGACGCGUAUUCUCUUCCGCCAAGUCGAAGCACAAUACAAAACGAUUCCUCUUUUUCCUUUUUUUUUAUUAUUUUUUAAUUUUAUCUUUUAAUUUUCUUCUCGUCGACCGUGCUUCGAGAGGAAAUCGGAAAGUGUUGUUUACGUAAUUAAACGAAAAAAGAGAAAAAAAAAAUAGUUUUGACAGAUAUCGGAGAUAUAGCGUAUUAGAAAGCGCGCAUCGAUGUGCGAGAAGAAUGAAAAAGAGAGAAACAAACAAAGAGGAAAAUAUGACGAAGCGCGAUCGGCGCUCGAUGCGUAACGUUUUAACCGUUCGACGUCGAGUAGCGUUGAACAAUGCGCGUGCACUGACGCUUCUUUUUUCUACCUGUGUUCGCGGUUCCUUCGUCGUUCGCGUGGACGACCGUGCGGUAUAUUAUAAAAUGGACCGAAACACGCGCGUUCGUUUCGAUCCUCGAGAGGACUCGAUGUCGGGCAACGUUUAAAAAAUUAACGCGAGAGAAAACGCGAGUCUCGCGAGCGUAGACCCGCUGCACGCGCGCUAACGUACAAAAAAACAUUUUCGAACGAUUCAUUUCGGCUAUACUUUUCCUUUUCGUCGAGUUUUUCUAUCGUUUGAGGUACAAGCGUUUCGUAUGUACGUAUGUUCGUAUAUAUAUAUAUAUAUAUAUACACGCACAUAUGUAUAUCUAUAUUAGUGUAUGUUUGCGUGUGCGUGUAUAUAUAUAUAUAUAUACAGAUAGAUAUAUAUACAUAUAGAUAUACAAAUAUAUAGCGUUCUGUCGUUCAGUUGGUUCGCUCGAACCGAACGGAUUCCGCGUCGGACGUCUCCGUCGGUGUUUCGAUGAUGUAUUUAUUUUUAUUCAUGGAUUUAACUCCACUUUGUAGUACGUAUUUCCGUCUAAUAUAUUCUCGCGAACUGAAUUUUGUCGCGUCGGGUCUGUACUUUGUAGCCUUUACGCCGGCUCCUUUCCUUUUCUUCUUGUUUCUUUUUUCGCUCUCGUUCGCGCGACCGUUUGCGUACGCGUGCCUGUACGUUGCGUGUAUGAGAAAGAGAGAGAAAGCGAGAGAAAAGAGCGUCGUUUCCUCGUCCCUGUCGCGAGAGCAGAUUCCAUUGUACGAGACACUUGGAAUCGGCGAAACGAGAUUCAUCAAGUGCCACAUUAUUUAAUUUUCGAGGCUGGACGGUUUUCCGUGAUAUUACUCUAUAAUCGUCGUAUUCUCGUCCUCGUACCUUUCCCCCAAUCCCGUUAAGUCAGAGAUACGAAGCGAAAACAGGCGAAAGGAACGCAUGGAAGGAAGGAAGGAAGGAAGGAAGGAAGGAGUUUGAUUUUUUGGUUAUCUGGUGCGAUCGGUGACCGCGUUAACGAUUCGUUGUAUAUAGAGCGGUAGUAAUUGUUACGUAGGUAAAUGGCUGGUGUUAUAUACGUUCGUCCUCUCCCUCAAUUACUCGAAUUACCUGUAACUGCUAGCGUACCGGGCGCCGGACGGCGUCGGCGAGAAUUCGUCGCGCGCCGUCUACGAAGAAAAAUGGCAAGAAGCGAGAAGACGAUAACGUUUUGUGUACAUAAGCGUGCCUGAAUACGUCGAGCGUGAAUGAGAUUAGUAGAGAGACAGAGAGAAAGACAGCGAGUAAUCGCGGUACGCGAGGAAGAACGGAAACGUUGCUCCUUGUUUGCUACGUGUGGCGUCUCGCGACCAGCCGCUCCAUUUCGCCGGUAGACGGACGAACCGAGUAAAGAAACGAAGCAGAAAAAGUAACGAUUAAGACAAGCGCGAAGGUAGCAAUCGUGCGCGCAAAAAUCAAAAGCUUUCGCUCUAAGAAGAGAGUCUCUAGCCUCUUUGUUUUUUCUCGUCUCUAUUUUAUACGAGCUUCCGGAGCGAGAUAGCUCUUGGCUAAUUUUAAAACCGUUGCAUCGUUCUCGCGCUGCAAUUUUACUUUAGCUCGACUCGCGUUUCACAGUUUGGAUAUCUUCGACGUUCUCGAUAAAACGAAUCAACGGUAUUCGCGCCUACGCUUGUUUUUCGCUAACGCGCGUAUCGCUACGAUCACUGUCCACGAUUCCCUACUUUUUCUACUUUGUCAUGGAUAUUACGGGCUCGCGUCUAAGUCGCCAAAUCGAAAUCGUAAGCUCGGAGAGCGAAUUAUUCGAUACAGUUUGAUCCGAUCGAACGCUGCGACAGCGAUAUUUUACGGACGUUACAGAGCGUCGCGGUGACCUAUCGCUUAACAGAAAAACCGAUAUUACUUAAUUGGACGCGCUGGUUAAUCGUACGCGUCGCAGUUCCUGCUAUUUCCUACGAUAACGCAAAUCGUCUGUGGAACGGUAUAAAAAAUUGUCCGACGAACGCACGUAAGUGCGACUAAUCGACGUCGAACGAAACUGGUAAUCGAGAGCCCGUAACUCCGUCGUUCCCCCGCGAUUUUUCCUCCUCUGCGAUCAUUCCGUUCCUACUCGUUUUCCAUUACGCUGUUUGCCAUGGUACGGAACAGGCGCGAGUCGCCGAUCGACGCGCGUCGUACGCUAUUUUUUCAACGUACGUCGAUGCGGAGACAAAUUUUUAUUUAAAAAGACGCACGUUGCUCGGCGACCGACGCUCCGUUCCACACCCAUGCAUAAUCCCUCCACGGUUCUGCCCGUCGGCGUUGUUCUUUCGCGUCGUGGAUGUUGUUUUAAUUUAUUCCGGUCAGCCGAGUCCGAUUUCGCGGAGCGAAACGACCGUGGUAUCGUUCACCUCGAAGUCCAUGGUUCAACCGUCGUCUCGUGUCCCAAUCGCGAAACACGCGUCCAAGACCAAGGUGUGUCGAGGUGUGAGUCAGGCCGAGAACGUCGCGGGGGUACGCGAUUUCACCGGUCGAUUUCGCGCUCAUACGUUCUCCCCUGCGAAGAAAAGAAGUCCUUCGAAUUCGAAGAACCAGUUUUCGUAGGAACGCGCGUUUCGUCGGUUCGAUCCGAUUUUUUGUAACGCGACAGCCAUCGCGCCGUUCUUUGUGCUUCCGAAGGCGCGAUAUCGACGAGCGUUCGUUCUCUGCCCGGUGCGAGAUUUCAAGACUCUCCGCGGGGUUCGAGGUAAAAGACGCGCGUCUCUCUCGCGCGUAUAUCGGACGACGCGAUCGACCACGACGAUCGCGACACGCGGUAAAAAAUUGUUCUUGCGUUCCUUUCUUUCUUUCUUUCUUUAUUCCCUCGUUACCUUGGACCGUUCGACUUUCUUAUUUAAGCGUCGUUUUUCUCCUUUUUCCAUGCAGCAGUCGCGCGAAAAACAGCCGGCAGAUAUUGACGUUGUGAUAUUUUGUAAUAUUGUAACGAUUACUCGCGUUGAGUCGCCUCUGUAUUACGAAUUAUAUUACACGAACGAGUACCGCUCUUUCGACGUUGGAAGCUGAUUUUUAGAACGCCGCGGGCAACGCGGCUCUCCAGCGGCCUGUAACGUCCGUUUCUUUUUUUUUUUUUUUUUUUGUUUCUUAUUUAUGAUUGUUGACGUUUUGUCUGAUUCUUACUUUGUGAGAUGGAUGCGAAACUAUCAUGUGCUGAUAAUAAUACAUUGAAAAUCAGAAGGUA